AUGUCUGAAGAUCAUCCCAAGAUGUCCGCAUCUACCGAAGCCCACGAAACGCCAGUUGUGGCCGGGCAACACUCGAACAAGCGACAAUGGAGACCUUACUUGGUCGUCGUAAUGUUGAGCAUUGGCCUUGGAAGCAUGUCCUUUGGUUAUUCUUCUGGUGUGAUUGGUCCAACAAUCGGUAAAGUAUCAUGGCCACGCUGUCCGACGCAGACUAACCCAUGUCGCAGCCCAACCGUCUUUCGUGGAAUAUUUCGAUCUUGCCACGAGAUCAAACUCCACCAGCCUCAUCUCGUGCAUGAAUGUGAGACACCUGGUCCUCAGUGUUGGGAGGCCGUACUGACAUCAGGGUUCCAGUCGCUCUUUUUCGCUGGUGCCGCCAUCUUCAUCUUGAUAGUCCCAUUCUUCGCGGAUAAAUGGGGCAGGCGAGCUGCCGUGGCAGUGUCAGCUGCCAUCAUUGUCAUAUCUGGAGCCGUAAUGGCAGGAUCUGUCAACGUUGGUCAAUUUAUAGUCUUCCGCUUCGUAUCUGGGGCCGGAACAUACAUGAUGAUCUCAGCAGUAACACUGUGGAUGACAGAGAUCGCACCUCCUGCAGUCCGGGGAGUGUUUGUUUCCCUUGUAGGAGCCAGCUUACUGCUUGGCUACUCCGCCUCUGCCUGGGUAGGCUUCGGCUUCUAUCAUUUGGACAGCCCCCACGCCUGGAGAGCCCCUUUUGCAUUUCAAGGACUGCCUGCUCUCAUCUUACUUGCACUUCUUUACUGGCUACCAGAAUCUCCCCGUUGGCUUAUGCUUAAAGGCCGCUAUGAGGAAGCCAGGGACAAUCUUUUGAAACUCCACACUCCAGAAGAAGCGGGUGUGGAGCUCACCCAGAUCCGCUUGCAGGUUGAAGUCGACAGACAUCUCCAAGAUUCGUACUGGGCAAUGUUUACAAACAGAAAUUACAGGAAACGGACUCUGAUUGGAAUGGGGACCUUUGCCAGUAUUCAGACGUCCGCCAUCUUGGUCAUCAAUAACUACGGUCCUAUGAUUUAUGGCACACUUGGCUUCGACAACAAGACGCAACUCAUGUAUGCAGCAGCCUGGCUCACUCUCGGCUGGGGUGGCGGGUGUCUCGCCCUCCUUGUGGUCGACAAGAUACCGCGGCCGAAAUUCAUCGGUUACGGUCUUCUCGGGUGCCAGGCAUGCCUCAUUAUCGAGGCGGCAUUGGUCGCCAACUUUGUGGGUACCAACAACACGACUGCUCUCAGGGCCGCGGUUGCUAUCCUAUUCAUCUUCGUCUUCAUUUACGAGUUUGCAUUGGAUAGCGCCCAGUUUGUCUAUCUGGGUGAAUUAUUCCCAACCCACAUACGAGCCAAGGGGGUGUCACUGGGUUGCGGAACACUUGCAUUGAUGAAUGUCAUAUGGUUGUCUGUUGCACCAACCGCUUUCAAUGAUAUUGGGUGGAAAUUCUAUUUGUGCUUUAUUAUUCCGGGAUGCUUUUGUGCCUUUGGGAUUCUGUACUAUUUCCCAGAUACUCUCGGUCUACCCCUGGAAGAGAUAGAUGCCAUUUUUGCUGAUAAGGAAACGAUCCUUGGUAUCCCGAAUGGCGAGGUGGACAUGGUCCAUACAGGUGAACUCACUGAUGUCAAAACGGUUUAA